CUAAAUCAAUUCUCAUAUGAACAAAACUGCCCCAACGAUUAAACAUUUCUGCCAUGACUAAAGUCGUGAACAAAUUCGGUAGACAAUUUCGUAUAUGAUGGAGCAGGAUAACGGUGAUUUUCGUAAUAUUAAAACGAAAUAUGUUUACAUUUCGCUGGAUGUACCCCGGGAAUUCUCAUGUGAUAAUUUUCUAUAGAUUAUAUGUACAUGUUGAAAUAUAAAGAAAUUCAAAAUAUGGCAUUUAGCAAGGGAACGAACCCACGCUUAUCGUCCUGCCGAGAGUACGACUCUCCUUCGUGUUGUUGCACAUGUUUCACUGAAUUUUUGACCCUCAUGAACAUCCGGAAGACGCCUCCUUCAUCUCGGAACAAAAUAAUCGUUUCGCAAACAUAAAAUCAAUGGUGGUUCCUUAUUACACUAGAUCGAGUCGAUUAUUUGUCGAUAGCUUUGAUUGCUUAUUAGGUUCUUUACUGACACAGUUAACCUCACUUUUCUUGACAGUUCUCGACCAGUACUUUGACAAUUUAAAUUUUCAUACUAUUUCUUUCUAUCACUCUCGUAUUGGAAAUGAACGACAAUCUCAUCGCUGUGUUAUAUGGAAUAGAAGAUCUGCGUUUGGUGAUAGACAUCGUCAUAAAAUCCGCGCCUACGACGUCUACGCCGUUUCAUCCAUUCGUCUGUCUGUUCUCCUUUGACUAGGGUAAACGGAUGUAAUACGCCCCCUCAAUGAAAAUGGCCAUAUGUCAACCUUGGACACUAUGUUAGAUAAAUGGAUAAGAUAUCCAGUUUCAUGCAAGCUUCAGCAGCAGUUUCUGCGGUCUUACAAAUUUGAACCAAGGAUGAAUAUAGAAACAAUUCUCUUAGAAUACUGCUCAAUUCGACUUCAUUAGAUAUAGCAGUAUAACUUAUAUUGUUAUUCGAAUUCAACGUGUUCUCAUCUGUAGCAGUGUCGUGAUGAUCACUACGUUGUCUGGAAGAGCAUCUGGAGAGAAGUAAAGCAAGUAGGUGUGUUGUGAACGUAGAUUUUCAUGUCCAUCAUUGAGCAGUUAUUGUAUCAGCAAGAUAGGACUGGUGGUGCAAUAUAACAUUCAGGUACUUAUUGUAAUUUCGACAUUGGAAGAGCUCAGACGUAUUUCGACCAGUACUUUGACAAUUUAAAUUUUCAUACUAUUUCUAACUAUCACUCUCGUAUUGGAAAUGAACGACAAUCUCACCGCUGUGUUAUAUGGAAUAGAAGAUCUGCGUUUGGAGCAACGUCCCAUUCCAGUACCAAAGGAUGACGAGGUUCUGCUACAGAUGGACAGUGUUGGCAUCUGCGGAUCGGAUGUGCACUACCUGGUCAACGGUCGCAUCGGGGACUUUGUGCUGCGCAAACCGAUGGUUAUCGGACACGAGGCGUCCGGAAUUGUGGCCAAAGUGGGUUCUAAGGUGAAACACCUACAGAUAGGUGACCGGGUAGCAAUCGAACCUGGUUACGGGUGUCGUGUGUGUGAUUUUUGCAAGGCAGGUCGUUACAAUCUGUGCGAUGAGAUGAUUUUCUGUGCUACUCCGCCUUUCGAUGGGAAUUUGACCAGAUAUUUCACACAUCCUGCCGAUUUCUGUUUUAAACUGCCGGCGCAUGUGACCAUGGAGGAAGGGGCACUGCUGGAGCCGCUGUCUGUCGGAGUUCAUGCCUGCCGCAGAGCUCAGGUGGGAUUAGGUUCGGAAGUGUUGAUCCUCGGAGCCGGGCCGAUUGGAUUGGUGACACUGAUUACGGCCAAAUCUAUGGGGGCCAGUAAAAUUGUGAUUACCGAUUUGCUGCAAAGUCGGCUCGAUGUAGCGAAGGAGUUAGGCGCUGAUGAGACACUGGUUGUGGAAAGAGGGGCAAGCGAGACUGAGGUCGUUAAGCAGAUUCAUGCUUUGUUCGGCGGUGCACCGGAUAAAACUAUCGAUUGUAGUGGGGCCGAGGCUACCUCCAGGCUAUCAAUCUUGGCUACUCGGUCGGGCGGGUGUGCCGUAAUGGUCGGAAUGGGUGCACCGGAAGUCAAACUGCCGCUGGUUAAUGCGUUGGCACGUGAAGUAGACAUUCGUGGAGUGUUUCGUUAUUGCAAUGACUAUCCUGCUGCACUCAGUUUAGUGGCCAGCGGAAAGAUUAAUGUGAAGCGACUGAUAACUCAUCACUUUAACAUCGAAGAAACUUUGGAUGCCUUCAACACGUCCCGGCACGGACUUGGCGGUGCAAUUAAGGUUAUGAUCCAUGUUCAACCAAAGGAUACAAACAACCCAAAGUAGCAAUAAGUUCUUGAGUACAUUUGUUCAAACAUAGAUAAAGUUUUCACGAAUCCAUAUAAUAACGGUAUAAAUGCUGUUUUUUCAUUUAUAAAUAUAUUGCUAUUAUUUGCGUCGGUUUCGAAAAUAUACUCAUAAACAGCUCUGAGUUAUAUUGACAGCUUA